AUGUCUCCUUCAGAAUAUUACGCACGUGAAGUUACUGCCGAUGAUUUGAAAUUCGCACAGCAAGCAACUGAUGUAAUCAACGCUGCUUACAAUACACAUGAUGGUUGGACCACUGAAGCUAGUAUUGUAAGCGGCCAAUUUACAUUGGAAGAUACCCAAAACUUCAUCAAGCAUUCACAUCAAGGCGAUUUCAUUCAAUUGUUAGUCUUUAAGCGUGAUGAAGAAGGCAAGGAUGCAGAGGUUGUUGGUUCACUCUUGAUCGUACCUUUUCCAGAUUUAGAGGAAAAGCCUACACCUGGUGAAGCCAUGAUCACUCGAUUUGCCAUCAGCCCCAGCUACCAAUCCAAGGGUCUUGGUCGCUUGCUGAUUGAAUCCUCAUUGAAAUCAAUGAAAUCUGCAGGCUAUGAGCGUUGUUCAUUGCGAGUCUUUGAGAAUAGACCUGAGGUACUCUCCUGGUACUCUAAGUUGGGCUUCAAGGAUACAUCAGAGCGCCGUGAUUAUAAGGCACCGUUAGGAAAGAAAUUGAUCUCCAACGUCCAAUUUGUCGUCAUGAAGAAAGAUCUUUAG